UACGCAGCCAGAAGCGCUCUCAUCGACAACUUCCGCCCGAUGUUCACGCCGGUGUAAAUUGUUUGUAAAUAAAGAUAAAACAAAAAGUGUAAUAUAGAAAUAUAACUGUCUAAUCAUGAGCUUCGUCUCUCGCUUAAAAAAUCUGACAAAUAAAUUGUUUACUAAACAUCUCUUUAUAACGAAUACAACUCUAGGCGUUUUCUUUUUUGGUGUGGCAGAUGUUGUACAGCAGAAUAUUGAAAUGAAAUUAUAUGAGGGAAAACCUUAUGAAGCGAAAAGAACAGCCAAUUUAUUGUUAUCUGGCAGUAUUAUUGGUGUUGCUGGUCAUCACUGGUAUUCAUUCCUGGACAGAAGAUUUCCUGGAACAGCUUAUAAACAAGUUGCAAAAAAGUUGCUUUCAGAAAUGGUUAUAGGACCACCAGUAUUUCUUGCUUUUUUUCUCUUAGUAGGAUUUUUUGAUGGAAAACCUGUAAAAACUAGUAUGGCAGAAUUCAAGAAAAACAUUUUACUUAUAUUAGCUGCUGACUGGGCAGUUUAUGCACCUCUUCAAGCAAUUAACUUCUUGUAUCUUCACCCAAAGUACAGAUUUUUAUAUGUAUGCGGACUAUCCUUUAUGUAUGACAUAUUUUUGUCAUAUAUAUUGCACAAAGAUGAAAAUAAAAAGUACAAAAAAGUGGAAGGUUGAAAUAUUUUGCAUUCCAAGAAGAAAAAUUGUGAUAAAUAUUUUAUUUAACAAAUAUAAUUAAUAGUGGUGGAAAGUGGUUAGUAUUGUUCUGUUUUGUCUAGAAAGUUAUUUCAAGAUAAUCAUUAUUUUUUUUAAAAAUGGUAUCUAUAGUUAUUCUUCACAAAAAAUACAUAUCAUAUUUCCUUUUAACUCAAUAUGUAUCAUCAUCUUUCCUUUUAACUUUUUAAUUUCUAAAUGAGUAUUUUUAAUUUUUUAUAUUAGUUUGAUGGUAAUCGAGGAAUUUCUUCAACAUUGGACAAAAAAGUGAACAUACAACUAACUUCUAAUUAUUGGAUUUUUAUGUACGGACUCAAUUUCAACAGUUUUAGGGCAUAACUUUAACUUAAGUUAUGUGAUUUCAUAACUUAAGUUAUGAAAUCACACACAGUAACAUACUUUCUCUGAAUAAACAUAUCUUUUUCUGAUGAAUUUAAAUUUCUGACUCUUAAAAUAUAGGAGGUAGCCACAAUCUGGGAAAUAUGGUGAAAAUAGUUUAGGUAGGAGAUCAAUAGAGGUUUGAGCCCAUUAAUGUAUUUUACCAACUCAAAAAAGUUAUACUUUUAUUUCUUUUGAUUGUUGAUUGUUCUGUGUUCAUUAGAUUUUUUUUCAAAUUUUGGCAUUCGUCACUUAAAAUUUUGUAAAUUAAAUUGGUGUAAACAUUUGUGUGUGUGUAUAUAUAUUCUUUGCAAUUUCAAUUUUUGCUAUAUUUUUUUAUUUUUUCAUAUUACAGUUGCAUCCCCUAUUUUGAGGGUCAAGAAUCCAAAUCUGUUCAAAAAAAUGCACGCUUCUUCAGAGAAAGAAGGUUUUUGUGUCUGAUUUUGUAAUUUAAAAUAUAGCUGCUGUAAUUAGUAGGCAUAUUUAAGGUUAGGCUCUCAAACCAUUAAGAUAAUCCUACUAAUUUAAUCAUUUCCUCAAUUGCUAUUUUGGUGUUUGCUUUUUUUCUUUGUCCAUACUGGCAUUCAUAUUAUUAUAUGAUGCAUUUCUAAAAUUCAAUAAAACUUUUAGUUAUAUUAUGCUGUAAUUAAAAAAUUUUUUUUUGUUGCAAGUCUUACUUUAUAUUGCUUUUUUUUAAAAAUGAUUAUUAUGUGAAUGAGUAUUUAAAAUGUGUUUUGAGUGUGAGAUAAAAAAAAAGAAUGGUAAAUGAUUAAAUAUUUCAUAUUGGAAUUAAGUAAAGUCUCUCUCUCUCUUUUUAUUCACAUAUUUAGUUUGAAUUGAGACCAUGCAGAAGUUAGUAAAAUUUUAUGCUUUUUUUUAUUUAUUAUGCAAUUAUAAUUUAUUACAACAGCAGUUUUUAGUAUUUUGUUGAAUAAAAUUAAUUCUAUAACCAAAAUAUUUCAAUUAUAUGAAACUUUUUAAUAAAAAUUCACUAAAACAUUUCAUAAAAUUUUUUGAAAUACUUAACUAUUUUUUCUAAUACUUAUACUGCAAAAAUUAAAUAAAAUAACAAUGUUUUUAUAUGCAUAUAUAUAGGUUACAGAUAAAGCAAGAAUAAAAGGUAAACAAAAGCUAAAUCAGUUAAAGUUAGGGUUUACUAAUCCUAGUCUUUUGAAUCUGAAAGAAUCUCUCAUGCUUUCACCUUUUAACUGGCCAAAAAUGGGUUUAACUAUUUCUAGUUUAUUGAAGUUCAAAGUUAUGUUAUGCAUGAGGAUAAAUUGGUUUAUAAUUGGGUAAUACAUAAAUUAUCAUUCCCCAAUACAGCACAAAUGAAGUUAGUAUUUACUGCAUUAAUAUUUCUCUAAGGGUCAUUGUCUAGAAAAACGUCUAUUCUAGAUAUUGGCUGUGGUCUUUAACCUACUACCAUGCGUGAAAAACAUUAUUAGCUGGUUGAAGGUGAAAACACGGGAGGUUUUUUGAACUUUAACCUACUAGGAUAAAUAUUCUCCAACUUAAAAAUGUUGAACCUAGGUUUAUCUUUUAUUCUUUAUUCUGUAAUUAUAGGUUCUUGCUUCUGUAACUAUGGACAUUAGGUUAGUAAAAAAAGUUUUUUUUUCCUGGUGCCUCAUGUAACCUAUUAUAAAUUUUAAAGAGAAUUUUCUAUAUUAUCUGCACCUUACUAUGCAGCUUAAAUAAGUUCAUUGCACAUUAUAGUCAUAUUAAAAACUAAUAUUAAAAAUUAAAGUAAUUAAUUAAAAUUAGAAAAAUUUAAUUUAAAAGCUAGAGCAUAAUUUUAAAAUCUUUUCUUCAUUAAUAAAUACAUUAUUAAAUCAUUGUGUUUGCACAGUUUAUUUUUUUAAGGAAAUUCAACUAAGCAAAUUUUUGUGUUUCUUGG